AUGAAGAGGCUCCGAGAAGAAGCCAUCCAAUACAAGACGGAGCUGGAAGAACUCAAAUUAAUAAUUCAGCUACAAGAUGAUGAACGAGAACUCAGAAGGAAAGGCAAAUACAAGGAAGAAGAGCUUCGUGUUUUAGAAGAAGAAGCUUUCUCUCCAGAUGAAAAGACGCACUCAAAGCAUAUCCAGUCCAUGCUUGAAAUUUGCAAGAAGAAUGGGCUCAUCCUAAGCCCAACAAAAAUGAAAAUUGCCGCAGUUCAAAUGGAUUUUCUAGGGUCAACAAUUGGGCAAGGGGAAAUCAAGCUGCAACCCCACAUUGUUACCAAGGUAGCCCAAUUCCCAGAUAAUACUCUCAAAGAAACUAAGGGCUUACGCUCUUGGUUGGGCCUUCUCAACUAUGCCAGGCAUUACAUCAAGGAUUUGGGCCGAAUGCUAAGCCCAUUAUAUUCUAAGGUCAGCCCAAAUGGUGAGAAGAGAUUAAAUGCUCAAGACUGGGAUUUGAUCCAUAUGAUCAAGGCCAAAAUCCAGAAACUGCCAAAUCUGUCUAUUCCUCCAUCAAAGUGCGUCAUUAUUCUUGAAACUGACGGAUGUAUGGAAGGAUGGGGAGGCAUUUGUAAGUGGAAGCCAGCUGCGAAUGAUCCUCGCUCCACUGAAAAGAUUUCUAACCCUAAGAACUGA